AUGGCUGGCGUCACGCCGCUGGCGGUGAGCAGCGCGAUUCCCGACCUGAACGAGCCUUGCUUGGAGGUAGAUGUAGACGCCGCUAGGGCAAAUAUUUCUGACGACCCGACCAUCCCCCUUCCGCCAGGGACGAAAGGGGCUCCCCAACCUGCUCCGGACCCAGAGGAUCCUUCGGCGACCGAGCAGUCGCCGCCAAUUGGACCAUUUCCAGAAAACGACUACAUGUAUCUGACCGUAGAGGACCUGUUGGCAGCCGAAGAGAAAGAUGACGCCUACCUGCAAAACAUUCCGCGCGACGAUUUUGCGGAAGCCGCCUUCGACAUCAACAAAGAGCUCGCCAAGAAGAACAGAUUGCUGAAGAUGAUGUGGGGUUUUCGGCAUCUGGACAUGCUGGAGGCGAGAAUGACCCGGGUUCAGUACCUGCGAGCGCUGCUCGACUUCAGGAGAUGGUGCUGCAAGAACCUUCUAAGACAGCAAACCGCCAGAGUCAAGGGGGACGGCGUGCUGGAGCACGAGGACGAGAUAGGGAGGUACAUCGACGAAGACAUGGGUGAUAAGUGGCACACCGCCAAGGACGACCUUCAAUGGAUGCACGGUCCCCGCGUCAACGCCACGCGGAUCAGGGCGUACAUUCUGUCAAUCGCGAGGCAGGAAGGUAUUGCAAAGGCCGAGGAGCUCGAGGAGGUGAAUCCCGACGUCCGUGUCCAGCCCUUGAAGGCAACAACCGUUUCGAUGCUGCUCAUGCGCAUCAAAGCGCUCCAGACAACCUGCAAGGUCGAGGGGACGCUCUUCGGGGUGAAGGAGCUCCACAUCAUGUAUGACAUCUCCGAGGUCUGCUCGGAGGUGCGCGCGAUGGUCAGAGAGAAGUGGCAUAGGGAGGACAGGGAUUGCGUCGACCGGCACCGCGGAACGCUCGGCGACACGUACACCACCGACCAGAUCCGCCACCUCAUGUUCAAGGUCUUGCCGACCUGGGCGGCUCGGGCGUACGAACCCAAGGCGGCCACCCCCUCCCAGUCACUGUGGAAGUUCUUGCUGAUGAAGACGAUGACACUCUUGGGUCACCACACCCUUCCCCACGGAGCCAGUCUCCGAGCGAUCGAGCUCCCCGACUUGUUCUUGUACAGAAUGGGGAGCGCGUCGCCCGAGCACUCCACGCGACGGCCGGUUGUCAUGGUCGUAGCGUCACGAAACUCCAAGACGAUCAAGGAUGCUCGUCUACAUCCCAGCUACGCGGCGAGACACCUGGAGCAAGAGAUGUGCGCCGUCGGUCACACACUGUUGCGGCUGCACUUCGUGUACAACCAGCUGAGCCGCUCGCCCACCUCUCGAUGUGUGCCGCCCCUUGACUUCACAACUCCGUACAUGUGGUAUCACAAGCACAUCUUUCAUGCUCGGAACGACAAGGCACAAAAAGAGCUGCCGGCUUCGUCUCAUUCUCGGAUCACGAAAGAGAUGUGGCGGACGAACAAGAUCUUCAUCACGCGCAACACCCACGCCGCCUGGGCAGGUGGGGCACAGGAGCUGGCCGACGAUGGAGUCCCGCGAUCUGACAUCGCCGACUUGGGCCACUGGGCGCUCGACAAGCUUGCAAAGAGCUACAUCACGACCAUCUCGAAGGCGGCGGAAUUUAGCGCGCGAGUCGACGCCUUCCAUCAGAUCGACCAGCUCACCAUGAUGCUGCACCGCCAGAGAGAGGAUGCCGCGAUCGAGAAGCUUGGGAUGCAGAAGCAGCUGGAGGAGAAUGACGCGGAGAUCGCGAGGUUGAUGCAGGCUCUCAAGCUGGCCGAGGCAUGGCCGACUGCGCCUACACCCCCGACCACAAGGCCGAUGACCGCCGCCGAGAAGGCAGCGGCCGUCAAGAUCGAGAAUUUACAGGACGACGACCUUACGUACGAGGUGAACGUCGUGCAUCCCUGGCGCACGUCCAAGACCGUCGAGGCUGCCUGGUGCUGGUGGAACAACCCGUCCAACUUCGACUCGCGUCCCUUGCGCGAAUGUUACGAGGAGCACAGAUUCCUCAUCAGACACACGCGCAUGAUCUGCAAGGUCGAAAAGGGCGACAAACCCGCAGCGUCGGCGAAGUCGGCGAAGAGCUCUCAUGGCCGACAACCGCCAACAAACGGAUGUCCCAUGACCGAGGUGGGUGAGACGGGGAAAAACGAUGCGCUGCAGCACUGCACUCGCCAGAUGAGGCGGAUCAUGGAAGCAGUGCACGACUUGCGGCGGAGCGACGACGACGCUGACACCGCCGCCGUCAUCAAGCUACUCGACCACCUGGGGCGAGCGGGCCUUUCUACUUUCUGCGACGCUCUCUUGGUCCUCCGUGCAACCCCGCCCAUCAAGGUCCCCAUCACAGCCGAUGGAAAGUCGGUCCGCAUCAAGGGUCUGGACAAGCCGCUGACGAGGAAGCUCGCCGUUGCGUGGGGCGUGGUCACGGCGGGCUACAUGGACGCUGAGUGGGGAAAGAGGCUCUUCGGUGACUUGUGGGAGGAGCAGGCCAAGAAGGCCGGCUUGGAGGCCGAGGCGACGGCGGGAGCCACCAGCGCUGGGAAGCGCAAGAGGGCGGGCUGA